CUCCUCAGCCAGGCUGCUGUCAUCUGCACAUUCAUAGCCACCUCGUCACACUCCGCUGCAUAUCCAUCAUGGCCGCCGCCGCCUCGUCGACGCCGCCGAGCCCGAGCCUCUACGUCAAGAACCUCGACACGCGCACCAAGAAGCCCGAGCUUGCGCGCCAGCUCUACGUGCUGUUCGGCGCGUACGGCAAGGUGCUCGACGUCGUCGCCACGCGCGCCGCCGGCAUGCGCGGCCAGGCCUUUGUCGUCUUCCGCGAGCAGCAGGCGGCGACGGCGGCGCGCCGCGCCCUCGACGGCUUCGAGUUCUACGGCAAGGCGCUCUCCAUCGACUACGCUCGCACGCGCUCCAACGCCACUGUCAUCGACCAGCACGGGCCCGCAGCGCUGUACGACCCGCUGCUGCAGGCGCGCCUCGCCGGCACGUCGGCGGCGGGCGCGAGCAAGGUGACCAUGUCGAGCGCACAGGGCGCGGCGCGCGAGCGCAAGCGCGGCCGCGACGAGGAGGGCGCCGCGCCCGAGGAGGAGGGCAACGAGAGCAAGGUGGCGCGCACCGAGGCAGAGGCGGCGGACGACGACGACGAUGAUGCAGAGAUGGAUAUGUCCGACUCGGACUCGGACGCAGAGCCACCAGCAGCCAACGGCAAGGCGAAUGGCUCGGCGCUGGGGCCGCCAUCGGCUGCUGCAGGCAGCGUGCCGAACGAGCUGCUCUUCCUUGCAGGCCUCUCGGACGAGGUGUCGGAGGACGCGUUGGGCGCGCUCUUUGGCCAAUAUUCAGGCUACCGCUCGGUGCAGCUCGUGCCUGGCUCGGCAGCACGGCAAGCACACGCUUUUGUCGAGUUUGCCGACGCGCGAGCGGCCGGUGCGGCGCGCGAGGGCCUCGCCGGCUUUCAGCUCAGCCCGUCGCUGAAGCUGAGCGUCGAGUGGGCAAAGCGGGGCUGAGCGGUGCGGCGGAUGUCAUGCAUUAUUCAGAACAG